CGCCUUCCGAUUUCCAAGACAGUAUUUUUAAUUUUUAUACGAGAAAUUUUUUAAACAUAAUCUUCUCCCCCUCUCUCGCCAUCUUAGGGUUUCGUUCUCUGGCAGAUUCGCUGGAUCGGAAAUGGCUGAUUCUCCACGCAGAAGGUAAAUCUGUUUGAUUAUUUUUUUCAAUUCGUUCUCCUUGGGGUUACAUGUAUGGAUUGCAAUAACUACGUGUGGCGAUUGUGUUGAAAUUUCUACCUAGGGUUUUGUUCUCGCUGUUGGAUCGUCCUUUGGAAUUGAAGAGUUUAAAUAAAUGUUAUGACACGAGGGUUGUACAUUUGAGAUUUUCUAGACUGAUUACGAAGAUUUUCAUGUUCAUGGAUUUUAACACGCGUUUGUGAUAGGAUUUUUGUGAGAUUUUACAAGUCAUGUGAGGAUUGUUUAUCAACUUUGAGUAAUAAUUACGGAGUAUAAGUUAGCCUGACUUAGGUAUCUUCAAAAAAUUAUUUUUCUUGUAUUUGUAAGUAGAAGAUUGAAUUAACAAAAAAUUAUUUUUCUUGUAUUGGUAAGUAGAAGAUUGAAUUAACAAAAUAUGCAGCUCAGGUGCUCUUUUGGGAUGUUAUCAUGUUCUUUGAUUUACUUAAAUUGUUCACAAUGUUUACAAUAAAUGGCUUGUCUUGACAGUAUUGAUUACUCUGCUGUGAGAUCUUUCUCUGGCAGGUAUUCACUAUCUCCUUCUCCAAUAAGAGAUAGGUCUCGCUCUAUAUCAAGGUCAAGGUCUUGCUCUAGAUCAUGGUCAAGGAAACGGGGGCGCUCUAGAAGUCGUGACAGGACUGUCGCUUCUAAUCCGGGGGACACCCUCUAUGUGACUGGUUUGUCUUCUAGAGUUACAGAAAAGGACCUUCAAGAACAUUUCUCCCAGGAGGGAAAAGUAAAAUCAGUAUUUUUAGUAGUGGAGCCACGAUCUCGUAUCUCCCGUGGUUUUGCUUUUGUGACAAUGGAAAGUGCUGAUGAUGCAAGUCAAUGUGUCAAACAUCUCAAUCAAUCAGUUCUUGAAGGCCGAUACAUAACUGUGGAGAAGUCCAGGAGGAAACGUCCAAGGACCCCGACACCUGGACACUAUCUUGGACUCAAGAGUACCAGGGGCGAGAGUUAUCGUGGUGGUGACCGUAGAUGGAACCGUGGCUACAGUGACUAUGGCUAUCGAAGGUCACCGCCAAGACGUUCACCACCAUACCGUGGGAGCAGGGAUUAUUCUCCCAGGCAGUUUUCACCACCACCACCAUAUCGAGUUGGGAGGGAUUAUUCCCCCAGGCGUUCACCAUAUGAGUCAAGGUCAAGAAGGGACCGGUCAAGGUCAUAUUCUCCUUAUCAACGUCACAGUCCCGAAAGGAGCUAUGCUCGUGGUGGUGGCAGAUAAGACCUCUCUCCCCAUUGGUAUGCUCUCUUUGUUUGUUUGUUUGUGUGCGUGUUGUGAAAUCGGAAGGUCUUUCCCUAGCUGAGGUAGUAGAUGCUUAAUAUGUUACUCAAUUCGCGUGUGAUUUUAUUAAAUGUCAACCACUUGUACCCCGUAAUAUUGUGGGGAUUAUGUAGGGAGGAGAGUACCAAUAUCCACCUAGAAUUUAUGAUGACUUGUUUCUUUUGAUUAAGGGGAGUUUAGUCCCCAAACAUAAACUUGGGUUGAUGAAUGCUUUAUAUCUGUUGUGUCAUAAUGCUCCUUCCAAUUCUUUUUUUCUUAUUUUUGAUGUGUACGGAGCCACAUCAUGUUUCAAAAUGAACGUGGCUUUGGCUU